AUGCCAUUGGCCGCAGGGGCCGUCCUAAAGCUUCGGGCGUCAGGCGGCGCGGCGCCGACCCAGCGGCUGCGCCAGCGGCAGAAUCAGCUUCAGCAGCAGCAGCAGCAGCAGCAGCAGCAGCAGCAGCAGCAGCAGCAGCAACAGCAGCAGCAGCAGCAGCGGCAGCGUUCGGGCCUGCUGCACUCGAUAUGGUUCAACUACCAACCGGACGGCGGCAACACGAUAUUCGGGCGGGAGUGGGAGCGGGUAGAGGGGCCCGCGUACGGCUGGCAGGACUUUGGGGGCGCGGCAGCUGCAGUGGGGCCAGCGGGCUUUGUGCAGGCCAACUUUGGCGCUAUGCAGUCGGCCCUCGACGCGAUCUGCGCCGCGGUGCGCCCCGGCGCGGUCGUUGCCGAGCUCUACGCGGGCAGCGGCGCCAUCGGGCUCGCCCUCGCGGCGCGCGGCCGCGCGGCGCGAGUCACGUGCGUCGAGCUCAACCCCGCCUGCAGGGGCCCCUUCGACGCUGCCAAGGCUGCGUUGCCAGAGGCGGUCGCGGCGCGUGUCAGGCUGGUGACGGCGUCCGCGGGCGACUCCCCGGCUGAGUGGCUGGCGGGUGCCGAUACCGUCGUGGUAGACCCUCCCAGGAAGGGCCUGGAUCGGGCGCUGCUGGAGGCGCUGCUGCAGCCGCUGGGCACAACUCAGGCGGAGCAGGCCGCCAACCCGGCCCCUUGCAGCAGCGGCAGCAGCAGCAGCAGCCGCAGCGCAGCACAGGGUGUUGCUGGACCCACGGGGUAUGUAGGAAGCACUGACGGCAGACGCGGCAGCGACCACCAGGCAGGGGCGGCGGCUGCGGCGGCGGCGGCGGCGUCCCAGCCGACCCGCCUGGUGUAUCUGUCUUGUGGUUACGCGGCCCUCGAGCGCGACGCGGCGGCGCUGGUCGCCGGCGGGUGGCGCGUGGCCGGCGCGGAGGCGUUUACUUUCUUCCCGGGUACAGACAGCUUGGAGACUCUCGCCGUGUUCGAGCGCGCCUGA